AAUUUCACAGUAGACCAGAUCUGAGCAAUCAUGGACAAGAAGUCCCAUAUUAGGAAUAUGUCUGUGAUUGCUCAUGUUGAUCGUGGCAAAUCAACCUUGACAGACUCCCUGGUGUGUAAAACGGGCGUCAUUGCUUCAGCCAGAGCCAGAGAAACACGAUUCACAGACACACGGAAAGCUGAGCAAGAAAGAUGUAUCACAAUCAAGUCUACGGCAAUUUCUAUGUAUUAUGAACUCUCAGACAACAACUUGGCCCUCAUCAGGGAUGGUUCAGGUUUUCUUAUUAACUUAAUUGACUCCCCUGGACAUGUUGAUUUCUCCUCUGAAGUUACAGCAGCUCCGUGUGUCGCUGAUGCUGCCCUUGUUGUGGUUGACUGUGUUUCAGGGGUUUGUGUACAGACAGAGGCUGCUCUGUGGCAGGCUACUGCAGAACAUGUCAAACCAGAAUUGCAGCUGGAGCCUGAGGAACUCUACCAGACAUUUCAGCGUAUUGUGCAAACUGUCAGUGUCAACAUUUCCACCAAUGGUGAGGGUGAAACUGGACCAAUGGGUAAUAUUAUGGUAUUUUGAUCCAGCAACUGGAAAAUUCAGCAAAUCAACCACUAGCCCAGAUGGAAAGAAGUUGCCAAGGACAUUUUGCCAGCUAGUUCAGGAUCCUGUCGUUAAGGUAAAGCAAUAUUUUGUCUUGAUUUGAUUGCAGGGGCAUAAGGGGAGACGUUUUUUAGUUUAGCAGGUUAUCCCUUAGGAAAGCCAUCCCUCUUCUAAAGUCGGCCCAUACUUUCUGUAGAGACUAGAAAAAUGUGGCAGUGUAAGAACAAUGUGCAAAAGGUGGGACAGAAGGAGAAGGCAGAAAAUCGGAAUGGUACUGAAAGAACGUAUUCUGCGUAUCGUUAAAGAUUUGUGUGCCUCGUGUGUGAACCUCUUCUGACAGGAAUUUGGAAUUUCCUUUGGAAUAAGAAACAUCUGAUAUAAUUUGUGAAUCUUGAGCUGUGUGAUCCUUGCGAAGAGUUUUUCAAACAAAAGCCCAGAACAGAGAAACUGGAGGGUUUUCAGAUGCGCAACAUGUUUAAGAUAAACGUGCCCCGAACAAGUGGUUGGUGGGACCUACGGUGUGCUGAACCGGAAAAGGGGACGCGUCUUUGAAGAAUCGCAAGUGGCGGGAACUCCAAUGUUUGUGGUCAAGGCGUAGCUACCUGUAAAUGAGUCAUUUGGUAAGAUGAUGCUUUUCUUGUUACCCACAUGCAAUUAAAGGCAGGCAUCUGCAGGAUGAAAGGGACUUAAGAAUUCCCAUUUUAUUUAGCUCCAAGCUUCUUCCUGUUGUCCCUCUGCAUCUUCAGUUCAGAAUAGUUUACCCCUUUUCUCCUGGGCUUUCGUGACAGCAGAGGGUGCCAAAAAGAUGCGGCAUCUUCUGCACAUUAAGGCUUUUCAGCGUACACCAGAUUGGGUUUCCAUCAUUUUAAGUCAAGGUCUUACUUUGAAGGAAGUCUAGAAAAAAGAACUGGUCUUCAGCAGCAGCAGGCUGGAAAAUUUGAUCUUUAAAAGGACAGAGGGCCAACCUGAACAGCUUAAAUGGCAUCACCCCCCCUUGCCAAUCUUAAGACUACCUUUAAAAUAGUAAUGUGUUUCUUCUUAUCCUGCCCCUGAAACGUCAACUUUUCAGUGAUACAGAGCCCUUCCUCUGGUCUUGUGGCUGGUGGACAACAAGUCACCCAGGAGCCAGCAAUGUGCCCUUGUGGCCAAGAAGGCCAGUGGUCUCCUGGGGGGCAUUAAGAAGAGCGUGGCCAGCAGGUGGAGGGAGGUCAUCCUCCCCCUCUGCUCUGCCCUGGGGAGGCCACAGCUGGAGCACUGGGUCCGGUUCUGGGCUCCCCGGUUCAAGAAGGACAGGAAACUGCUGGAGACAGUCCAGUGGAGCCGACCAAGAUGAUCAGGGGACUGGAGCAUCUCUCUGCUGAGGAAAGGCUGAGAGCCCUGGGGCUGGUCAGCCUGGAGAAGAGCAGACAGAGGGGAUCUCAUCAAUGCUGAUCAGUAUCUAAAGGGUGGGUGUCAAGAGGAUGGGGCCAGACUCCUCUCAGUGGUGCCCGGCGACAGGACAAGGGGCAACGGGCACAAACUGGAACACGGGAAAUUCCAUCUGAACAUGAGGAAAAACUUCUUUCCUUUGAGGCUGCCAGAGCGCUGGAACAGGCUGCCCAGAGAGGCUGUGGAGUCUCCUCUGGAGAUAUUCCAAACCCGCCUGGAUGCGUUCCUGUGCAGCCUGCUCUGGGUGACCCUGCUCUGGCAGGGGGUUGGACCAGAUGAUCUCCGAAGGUCCCUUCCGACCCCUGCCAGUCUGGGAUUCUGUUUGUGUGUCCCGUUUCCCUCCCGCCUUCAAGAGCAUCCUGUGACAUCGUGACAGAAAGUUUACCAGUUUCGUGGUGCGCAUUUGGAACUCCUCACAGGGUAAAACUAAGAAAUGUCAUGUGUGAUUUUGGAGGGGGCUUCUUUGCCAAAGUACAUCAGUGUGGCAACUGCUAAAAUAAUCAGGGAUGAAAUAAGAGAUGCUUUAACUUUUAAAGUCCAAACUGGCACUUUAACUUCUUAAAAGAACAAUUUACGCUUGUGUUUGUGUGGCUGGGUUUUGAGUAUUUUGGGUUGGUUUUUUUUUUCCCCUUCUCCAAGUUUCCACAGAGCUUAAUUUCACAGUGAGACCCGUUUUCCAAACAUGGAAAACCAAAAAGAAGCGUAAGCUUAGGCUCGGUGGGAUGUGUAUUACACUGGGCUCUCGGUCUCAACUUGCGUAGCACCUUACCGUCCCUGUUCCACAAAACUACCUUUCGCGUUCCUUGCCAAAGCUGCGGUGGAAUCUUGCUAAACCAGCAUGCUAAAGAUACGGGGAAACAGCGGCAUUCCUCUGAACGAGCGGUGAGAUGCGGUUCUACGGGAGCAAGUCGGGGCUCACCGGCAGCAGCUCUGAAUACUUGAGCGAAGGGGAUGAUGCCGUGGUGAAGCCGAGGAAAUGGCAAAGGAAACACCUCUGUGUCUUCAGUUAAAUGUCAAGUCCUGGACCGUCAGGCUAAACGGCGAGUUAGCCCGGCACCUCGUUCGUGGCAGUGACUGAAAGGGAACGCUUAGGGAAGAGAAAGAACAAGGUAAGCUGAUGGAAAACUCCCCCGGUUGCUUUUUUUAUAACCACUUUCAGAGGCUUCCUGGGGCAGAAGUGGGUUCUGGAUCAAGUAGUAACCCUCGAUGGAUUUCUUUAUGAAAUCACUCCGUCUCCCCCCUCAGCAUAAACCAGCAGCACCCACAGCACUGGCAGGGGGGUUGGAGCUAGAUGAUCUUUAAUGUCCCUUCCAACCCAAACCGUUCUGUGAUUCUAUGACUUCACCAAUCUAGACGGGCGAAGAACCGCCUCCUUUUGAAACAUAAUUCUCCCCAUAUACUUCUCUAUCUACCUAAAUUGAAUUUUUGUUUGCCUUUUUGUUGCUAAUUUACUUGGUCACAUGAGUUCUUUGGAGCUGGCCUCAUUUUUACCUUGCUUGAAAGAAGUAUCUGCAAAGUAGCGGUUUCUUAACAGUUCCGAAAGAGUGUUUUUAGGGUUUUGUCUAUGCAGAAAUUCAUAAUAAACCAGUUUGGUUGGUUGGUUUUUUUGGUGUAGCUGGCUCAUCCCUUUUUAUUUUGUCCUUCCGUCUAGGUUUUACCACCGGCUUGAGAUCCAGCACUGGUGGCCAGGCUCUUCCACAGCGUGUCUUUGAUCACUGGCAGAUUUUGCCUGGAGAUCUUUACGAUGCAAAUUCUAAUCCUUGGCAAGUUGUGGCAGAAACACGUGAACGCAAAGGCUUGAAGGAGGGAAUUCCAACUCCGGGUAACAUCCUAGAUAAAUUAUAGUCACUUCUGUUUCAUGUUGUGUUUUGUCCCAAUACCAUUUCCUCGUAAAAGAAAUAAAAAUGACAUGCUAAUUUGACUUGCAGGAUUGUUGUCGCAUGUAUCUUGUCUGUGGUCGCUGAAGCCUGUGUUAAAAAAAAAUAAUCAGUUGCCCGGGACUAAUUGGCAUUCUUUACAGUUUGCCCGAUCCAUAAUUGUCUUUUAACUUAGGAGGCAGCUCCCUUCGCUGUUGCUCUUGCAGGAAUUCUCGUUGAACUGACAGGUUUUGUCCUCUCAGCCAGAAGAGGCGUCCUUUCAGUUCCCAACUUCAAUCCUCUUGUUCCUCUUGAAAACUGAUAGCGAAAGGCUUGCGGUCACAGGUAAGCUUGCAAGCACCCAGCACCCGGAUUUAAAGGCAGAUAGAGGAAAUGUCUGAAACGCCUCCAGCGAAGGUUUGGAUUGGAUAUUAGGAAAAAUGUCUCCAGAGAAAGGGUUGUCAGCCAUUGGAAGAGGUGGAAUCGGCGGCCCUGGAGGUAUUUAAAAGACAGGUAGACGUGGUGCUGAGGGACGCGGUUUGGUGGUGGUUUUGGCAGUGUUAGGUUAAUGAUUGGACUUGAUGAUCUUAAAGGUCCCUUCCAACCCGGACCUUUCUAUGGUUCUAUGAACUCCUGCUGCUGGGCAGGUGCAGAACCUCCCACCCCGGGAGGGAUCGUUGAGGCUGGAGGGAUCAUUGAGGCUGGAUCAUUGGGCAGCAGACUCCUGCCUACAAGGGCUCACGAUUGUUUUGGGCAGCUUUAUCCGACCUGGAAGUAUGAAAAUCAGAUGCCAGCUCAGGCUAAUAGUCUUCAGGCGUACAGGUCCAGCCUCUCUGUAGCUGGUAUUUUAGCAGCUAGCUCAGGUCCAGAAAAAUGCAGAAAAAAGAUGCAGCAAAUGGAUGGGGGGGGGGGGGAAAGCAAACCACGCAGCAUGACUCAUUGCAUGCUGCUUAUCUGCGCAGUAGAGGGACUUCGUAUGAGUCUCAUAAGCUUUGCUUUCCUUCUGCAGUUGGUUUGAAGGUAUCUUUGAUGUAGUCCACUCAUAGCAGUAACCAGAUGCUUCCGUAGUGGAACCAGAGAGUUCUCCUGCACCCUCCGGGCCAAGAGCAAGAACUUUAUGGAAGCCACAAACUAACUGCAGCCUGCAGCUGAGUUGCACGGAUUGGGACA